AUGAAUAUUAUAUUUACCAUUUGUACUUUUUUGAUUUAUUUAAUAUUUGUGAUAGGAUAUGUAACACAAAUAAAUGGAAAAAAUAAGAGUUAUUCAGAAAUAUGUGAGAAGGCAUCCAAUGAAGAUGAAUCAAAUGUAUAUUGCAUAAAAGAUCAUAAGAGGAAAAGCUCUGUUUAUGUUUAUAAACAUAUUUUGGAAUUAUUAUUAGAAAGAAGGCAAGAAUGUAAUAAUGAUAAAAUAGGAUUUGUAGAAAAUAAAUGUGGAGAAGUAAAUAAUUUUAUGACAUAUAAAACAUUUUUUGAAAAGGUAUGCUCAUUUAGCCAUUCUUUAGAUACAUAUGAAGGGAAAGGUAUUGAAAGUAGAAAAUAUGAUGAAGAUAAAAAUGAUGGUAUGUUUAAAUUAUUAGGUUUAUAUGGUAGUAAUUCUAUAAAUUGGCUAGUUACUGAUAUGGGAGCUAUGAUGAGUGGUGUUACAACAUUAGUAAUGCAUUCUAAAUUUAGUAUAGAUUUAAUUGUAGAUAUAUUAAAAAGAACCAAAUUAGAAUGGUUAUGUAUAGAUUUAGAAUUGGUUGAAGGUUUAUUGGUUUAUGUAAAGGAAUUACCACAUUUGAAAAAAUUAAUAAUAUUAGAUACGUUAGUUAAAUAUAAUGGAAGAGAUAAUAAUGAAAAAGUAAAUGGGUAUAAAAACAAAAACACCAACAUUGAUAAUAAUAAUAAUAAUAAUAUUAGUAAUAAUAAUAAUAAUAUGAAAAACGAAUCAUAUAAAUUAUGUGAUAUAAGAAAAGAUGUUAAUUUGGGAUCAUUCGAAUGCGAUAAUGAAAAAUUAGAAAAGCUGAAUGUUUUAAAAGAAAAAGCAAACGAAUUUGGAAUAAGUAUUUUAGAAUUUGAUAUGAUGACAAAGGUUCCUAAAAAGCCAAAUAUGAAAAUAAAGAAUGAAGAUCCUAAUUUCAUUGCAUCUAUUGUAUAUACAUCUGGAACAUCUGGACAGCCAAAAGGUGUUAUGUUAAGCAAUAAAAAUUUUUAUAAUACAAUAGCACCAUUAUGUGAUCAUAAUGUAAUAAAAAGGUUAAAACCUAAAAUACAUUUUUCUUAUUUACCUGUAUCACAUGUAUUUGAGAGAGUUUUUGUUUACAUGUCUGUUAUUCUUGGUAUAGAAAUAAAUAUAUGGAGUAAGGAUAUAAGUUGUUUUUCUAAAGAUUUAUAUAAUUCUGAUGCUGUGGUAGUUGCUGGUGUACCUAAGGUAUUUACUAGAAUAUAUACAAAUAUAAUGACAGAAAUAAAUAAUUUACCAAGUUUUAAAAGAUCAUUUGUAAAAAGAAUGUUGUCUUUACGUAAAAAUUUUCAUAAUGGAUGUUUUGAUAAGUUGAUUGAGAAAUGUACUAAUAUAUCUUAUAAAAUAAAAAAUAAGAUAAAUCCAGAAUUAAAGAUGUUAUUAAAUGGUGGUGGUAAAUUAUCUUCCAAAAUAGCUGAUGAAUUAUGUAUUUUAUUGGAUGUUGAUUAUUUUCAAGGAUAUGGAUUAACAGAAUCUACUGGUGCUUUAUUUGUUCAAAAUGGAGAUAAAUAUAAUACUGAAAAUAUAGGUGGACCUAUAUCUCCAAAUACCAAAUAUAAAUUAAGAUCAUGGGAAACAUAUAAGGCAAAUGAUAACAUACCUAAAGGAGAAUUAUUAGUUAAGAGUGAUUCUAUGUUUAAUGGUUACUUUUUAGAGAGAGAAUAUAGUAAAAAAGCUUUUACUCAUGAUGGUUAUUUUAUAACAGGAGAUGUUUUUCAAAUUAAUAAAGAUGGUUCUUUAACAUUUUUAGACAGAUCUAAAGGCUUAGUUAAAUUAUCACAGGGAGAAUAUAUCGAAACUGAUAUGCUAAAUAAUCUUUAUUCUGAAAUACUUUUUGUAAAUUUUUGUGUUGCAUAUGGAGAUGAUUCAAUGGAUGGCCCUCUAGCAAUUAUAUCUGUUGAUAAAACUAUAUUAUUCAAAUGUUUAAAAGAAGAUAAUAUGUUAGAGACUACGGGACUUACUGAAAAGAAUUAUUCAGAAAAAUUAAUUGAUCAAGUAUUAAAUGAAUCUAUUUAUGUUGAUUAUGUAAAGGCAAAGAUGAUGGAAGUAUAUAAAAAAACCAAUUUGAACAGAUACAAUGUUAUUAAUGACAUAUACUUAACUUCAAAAACAUGGGACACCAAUAAUUAUCUUACGCCAACAGCAAAGGUAAAGAGAUUCAAGGUGUUUAAGGAUUUUUCUUUUUAUAUAGAUCAAGUUAAAAAGAAAUAUGAGGACAAAUUAAAAGGAAGUGGUGUAGAUAGUAAGGUGAGUGAAAAGAAUGGUGCCAAAACGGAAGAAAAAAAAAAAGAAAAAAGUGAAGUAAAAAAGGAAGUAAAAAAUGAAGAAAAAAAUGAAGUAAAAAGUGAAGAAAAAAAUGAAGAAAAAAAUGAAGUAAAAAAUCAGGUAAAAAAUGAAGAAAAAAAUGAGAUAAAAAAUCAGGUAAAAAGUGAAGAAAAAAAUGAAAAGAAACCAAAAGAAGGACUAACACAAACAACAAUAUCAAAACCUCAAAAACGAACUGUUUUAAAACGUGAAGAAAAUAAUGUUCAAUGUAAUUUUCCUACAAAUAAAAAAACACUUGAAAAAACAAACUUAAAAUUAAGAGUUCCAAAUGUAGUAGAAUUACAAGUCAAUGCAUGA